GGUGACAACGCGAGAGCCAAAGGCGCAAACUUCCCCUCUUCCUGCGCUCGAGUGUUGGCGCGCACCGAGCGGCGGCCGCGUCGUCGUGCGAUGGAUCGUCCCCAGCUCCGGAACCCUAGCAGCCGCCCUCUCAAGCCGCCGCGGCCACCACGAGGCUCGGCCGUCCAGCCCCCACCGGCGUCGAGGCCUCCCCCCGAGCCCUCCUCUCCAGGCCCGUCUCCCCCACCUCCACCGCUUUUACGAUUCUUGCAUAACCCCUCGAGUUCUUGGAACAAAGAUCGAGCCAGAAGUUCCCGUCUCGUGGGUUGAGUUAGGAUUUGGGGGUUCAGGAAGACGCCGCGGAAUUAAUUCUGCGGAAGGAUUCUAAUUGGACUGGAAUGCCGAUCCCGCAUCUUCCCCCAAAGAAAAAAAGAAGAGUUCAUGGCAUUUUGGGAGAGUUGGGAUCAUUUCACCCUCGAUCUAGUAGGAUCAUGUGUUACCCACAUGUGGAUGUUUUCCAUCCGUUCUUUGUGAUUCUUGAGUGUCAUGUUCGGUUUGUGCAAGGUCCUCUAGGAUCUCCCUUUACUUCUUUGAAUUUUGUUUGUACAGCUCUUGCUAUUGCGAAAAUCUAGCUCACUGGCCCUCAAGUACCAACAUUUUGGUCAUUGCAGCCUUUCUUGAGUGAGAGUUUUAUCCUGGAAAUCAUUCUGUAUUUCUGACUUCAUGUAAUGAUUGAGUACCUAAUGGCAGAUGGAAGACCAAGAAAAAAGGUUCGAUUUGCAAGUGAAGCUGGUAGCCAUCACAUACAUGCGAGACAGGAUGCUAACACAAGCAAAGCUGAGAAAACUAAGCCCAAAGGUUCCAAUGCGAAAACUACCGAACUCAAAUUCUUUAAAAAAUUGUGGGAGCAGUCGGGCAGUAGAUCCCGUCCCCUCAGACAACCUCAUCAAAACAUUGUGCCAAGCAUCUCCAAGCAAAAAGAGGGCGAGAGAAUGGAACCACAGAACGUGAUGUUGCACAAGAAGUUCCCUGUCCAGAAUGCUGCUCUAUGUCCUGAUGAGACCCCAGCCACACCCUCAAACAAGGAAAUCUCUGAUGAGCAAGUAGAAGUGCAAGCCUCACAUUCUGAAUAUCACAAUCAUGAUACACCUCAGUUAAAACCAUGUGAUAUCCUGCCAACUGGUCAUGUUUUCACACCCACGAUUCAGACACCAUUUGAACUUGCAGGGAUUUCAAGAAAUACCGACACAAAACCUGGGAGUGGACGGAUGUUUUCAGAAAAGAGAAGAAAAUUAUUAAAGCUAGCUGCAAAAACAGUGUCAAUGGAAAGUUGCGAGUUGUUGCGAAGAAGAUCAGAAUUUUUUGCUGAUAUCUUGCAAAGGUUAGGCACCAACGACAUAAUAAGAAAGCAUCAUAAAGAGCCCAUGAGACAGAGGGAAAUGGUUCACAGACGUGCUCGUUCUGAUCCCAGAGGUCAUUUUGAAAACAUGCUUCAUUACGGGGGUGACUUCAAAUCAUCAAGUAAACUGAUAUUUGGAAAAGAGUCAUCCUCUUAUUCAAGUGACGAAUCACGUCAAUUCCUAGCCUUGCCAUGGGUAAACGAUCAGGGUCUUCCAAGUUUUCUUGAUUGGAAGGACGAUUUAUCUUGUGGGGACAAUGAAGCACAUGAGGGCAUGUCAUUACCAUCUGCGUAUACUACAAAUCUUUCAAGUUCUGAUUGGAAAACGGACACUGUUCACAACCAGGUCUCCAACUUUUUGCUAGAGGAUGUUCAACAAAUCACCAAAGGCAAAUUAGCUUCGGCUAAUGAAUUGGGAUGCAAUAUUCAAACUGAGCCAGAUGAUCACCAUGAAUGGGAUCCAAUGCUGUUGGUAACGGUCACUGAACCAAUUUCAAAUCGAUUAUCCUUCCCCUGUCAGAUCAGAGAGCAGUCUAUGGUGCCACUUGCGAUAUCAGAUACUUCAUGGCAACCUGAGCUUUCCAGAUCUCUAGAGCAUUGUGCUUCUAGGCCGCUUGGACUGGAGGUGGAUGGCUUGAUUGAGGCAGGAUUGUUUGAUAAUUCUGAUGCUGGACUUCUAUCUGCAUUUGAUCAGUCACACGAGAAAUGCACUUCUUCAAGCUUUUUAGGCCUUAGAAACGGAUUUCUUGAUGAUAAUAGUUUUAGCCGUAUCUCCAACUUCCAUGUUAGUGAGAGCAACGGCAUUGUGUUGAAUCCAGACAGAAGUUGCCUGAAUUCCAUAUGUUCAACUUCAGAUUAUCCUUUUGAGCAGCGCUCGAAGAGCUUUUCUGACUCUGCUGCCCGUAUAUCUUGUAUGACUGGAAUGGAGGAGAACCAUUUGACAGAGGCAGAGUUGUUUGAUAAUCCUGAUACUGGGCUUCUACAGGGGCUGGAUCGGCUACCUUUGAAAUUCACUGCUUCAAGUUUUUCCAAGUACACCUCUGGAGAUCAUCAUCAUGACCCAAAGGAUAGCAACAGGAAUUUGUGCAUGGAUGCAAAUGACACUUGUUUGGAUUCCUUAUCCUCAUAUUCAGAGCAUUCUUGUAAGCAAAACUGGGAAAGCUUAUGUGAUUUCUCCACAGAAUCAUGGCCAUCAUCGCAUCAUGCCCAAUCUCGUGGUGGUAGUUUGGAAGCUAUGUUUGGUUUCUCGUCGAAUGGAAGUAUUUGCAAUGAUUUUGAGGAUGACAACAGUAUGACACUAGUCGAAGACAACACCAAGAGCGGCUUGUUCGGUACAUCGGAUCUUGCAUUAUUUGGUUCUUGCUCUACUAGUGAUAGCAUCAGCGAGACUCCCAUGUUAUUUCUUGAUAGCGUAAGGUGGUAGCUCUGCACUCCAUUGUUCCUUGAAGUGCUAUUUGUUUCUGUGCAGACUGACCAUGGUAGUGAAGGAUAAAUUCCGUUGGAUGCAACUGCGUUCUCGGUGGCCCUGGCUGUGCCGAGUCGACCCUUCCAAACCUUGGGAAAAUUUCCCAAUCAAGGUGAAUAAGCAUGGCACUGGCCUUGUGCAUGCAGCGUCGGUGACUGUCAGUGAUGGAACGGAUGCACGGUUAUGGACGGAUAGAUGGACCGCAGACCAGUCUAUAGCUGAGCUGGCACCUACAAAGUUCUUGCCACGGUCAGGGUCGUGAACUCUUAGCAGAUAUCAGUUUCAGAUGCCAUCCUCAACAACCGCUGGAUCAGAGACAUUGCUGGAACUCUGAAUGUGCAAGACAUUGUGGAGUUUCUCCAUCCUGUGGAAAUCAUCAACAGCCACUCCAUCUACCACGGCGUCGAAGAGAUUUGGGCCUCCUACGCAGCUAGAUCGGCAUACAGUGCCCUGUUCGCCUUGCUUCACCUCCGUUUUGGACGGCUGAGUUUCGUUGAAAUGCAAGGCACUCGCUUGGUUGGCUGCGGCGAACUGUUGUUGAUGGGCAGAUUGUCUCCAAUGUCAUGGUCUGACUAAUCGGGAUCACUGCCCGCCACGCUGUGAUAAGACAGCUGAAACACUGUCACACCUGCUAACUGAAUGGCCAUAUGCAAGACAGGUCUGCCAUGAGGUCCUCUCGCCCUUGUCGCUGCAGGCCUCUGGCCUGCAGUAAGGCGAGACCUUCAACUCCUUGGAGCAAGUUGCAACACUCCCCAGGGAAGGCAAACUGAAAGGUGCACGAUCACUCAACAUGGUGAAUCUGGAAGCUAGGAAACGACCAUGUCUUCGACGACGCUUUGCUGAGCUACAACGAGCAGUCGAAUCGAGAUAAUAGUCGAGGCAAAGCAGUGGAUGCUGGCCGGAGGGGAGGCUCUAUGCCGGUUGUCACUACAUGCACGGGUUCCAUGUGUAUAGUUCUUUUCUCUUGUUGAUUCGUCUUUGGUUUAGCGUAGACUAGGCUUCUUUCAGUUUUAACAGUUUUUUUAGCUCCGUUUUUUAUGUAUACCAUUGAUCCAAUCAGAUGUGCUUGAACUGAUGUAUGAAGCUGUGCAUAUGGCCAGAAUAUAUAUAUGGAUUUACUUUGCCUCC